AGCUGCAUUUGCAAGAAACCAUUAUUAAACUUUAUUUUAUAAUCAGUUUCAGAAUGUAAUGGUUAAUAGCAAAAGUGAUGCAAUUGCCGAUUUGGAUAAGCCGGAAUGUAUGGAGCAAACAGUAUUGCAGGAACUCGAACAUGUAAUGAUUCAGAUGAAUAAUGAGACACGAAUGUGCUUCCGAAAUGCUUUGUAUCGUCUCGCAGAAAACUCAAAACGAGUCGAAUACAAAAAUAGAGAUGUAGAACUCAACUGUGAAAAUUCAAGGAAGGAAAAAAAUCAUGUGGUGGCGAAAUUGAAUGCGAUCGACAGGAUGGUAGCGAACAUGAUGUUUUGCAAUCCAUUCUUCAGUCCACACAAUUUUUUAGCUGAAACAACAACUGAAAGCAGCUUGAAAAAUUCUUUUGAUGAUCAAACCUCAAUGCAUCUUCAAGCAUCAACAAGUGAGAAAUCUGAAAGUGUAGCUGAAUACUUCUCUGAAGUUAGUGACAGUCAUUCAAAUCACUUUUGAUUUUUGUGCAUAAAUCAUAUCAAAAUUAUUAUUUAAUAGCAUUUAUUUGUUUUGAAUUUUGUUAACUGCCGGCAUGAAUUCUUGAAGUCACUAUUUGACAUUA